AUGGACACAGCGUACAUAGAUGAUCCGCUUGAGCUAGUCAAGCAGAAAGCAACGACAAGCGCGGCACUGUUCCCGGCGGCGGCAAGCGCCAUUGACGGGCUAUAUCGCACAGGCGGGUCCUCCAAGGGCCAGGGAAUCCAGAUCGUGACGACUACCGACAGCAAGUGUCUGCGGUCGUGGACGUUCCCACCAAGCGUACGGUUCGCGUGCCCAGCCAAAUACUACGGCAAAUCGGGCUCUGAUUCACUGGUCUACGUUGCUUUGCAUGCUGGCGACGAAAUCGGCCCUGACGAGCAAGGGUGCGUGGUGUGGCGGUGGACCGACAAGGGCAUCGAGAGCGUCGGGCUCGAGGAGAAGAUUUCGCACACACUGCCGCGGUCUGUGUUUGGUCUGGAGCCCAACAUUACACGCGACGGACACCUGCUGGCGAUCCACACUGACGGUACGAUGGCACUCUUCCAGGGAUCUGUGGCAGAUAAGGACGCGCAGGUUGUUUGGUACCAGAUGGUAGCCGAGUGGGUGUCGGGCGACUACCGGCUUGUGGUUGCAUUGGUGCGGGCUCCUGACAGCGAGAUCGAGGCCGCAUUCUCAUACUACGUCUCCUUGGUUGUGAUCGAUGGAGCUGAGCGCACCAUUGCCGAGGUCGGCACGACACGGAUCAACCCAAAGUUUGUGCCCACGCAGCCACUGGCAUGUGCGUACGAUGCCGAGAUUGGCUCCCUGGCACUUCUGAGCGCCUCGGGCGUAUUCUCGCAGCUGAGCCUCAGCCUUGGUAGCUCGGCACUCGACGAUGCAAUCCUGCUGCAGGCCCGCAAGGAAGUGUUGCUGCGCGGGUUUGUGCCCUGCGGCAAGACCGCCAGCGAUGAGGACGUACCAAUGACAAACAUGUUAGUGAACUCGCAGGUGUCGCUAGUGUCGCUGACCGAGAAGUAUGUGGCCAUUGUUGGCACGCACAGCGUCAUGUCGCAUAACGCCAAGAGCCCAUAUGCAGCGGUCCUGACGCUCUGGGAUCUGCAGUACGGUUGCUUGCACGCCGAGCAGGCGCUGUCGGUUAACCAGGCGUUCCUUGGUAACAAGGGCGACUCGGUACCGCGCCUUGUGUACCAGACGCAGCCUCUGAGCGCGCGCUUAACCGAGACGGGCUUGCCCAGCGACCAGAUCUCGGUGGCAAUGCCGAGUCGGCAAGGCACCAAGCCUGCGUCGCGCAGCAAGCGCUCGUUGGCUCUGGCUAACAGCAGCGUGGCCUGGGACGUGAGCACAUUUGCCACAUCCAUGUUUUUGCCGCCUGUGACGCUGCUGGCUUCGCUGCGGCUCCAAAACAAUCCAAAGUACUUUGUCGACCCUGAGCAGCAGACGCGCAGCGCCAGCAACGUGCACUCAUCCAACAUUCUGCUGCACGAAGAGCAGGAGCAAGGGCUGGGUGUUUUGCGCAGCGGCUGGGAGGCUAUCGUCGACGGCACGGCCAAGGUGUCCGGCAGCCAUGCUCAGGCGAUUGAGCGCGCUCUGGACCAGAUCACUGACCGGCGACUGACCACGCAGCAGAAGGAGAACGAUGUUCUGCUGAAGUUGGCCAGCGUUGCUGAUGACAUCGACAGCGACCAGUACACGCAGCUGUUCAUGGGCCAUCUGGGCGUUGCGGCCAACGGCAGCGUCAAUUCACAGGCGCCGACCUGGAUCUCGGCACACCUGAUGACGACAGUGAUGCGCCGCUGCUUUGCCGAGCCCCUGGGCGCCCUGCGUGCUGCCCGCCGACCUGUGUUUGCCCCGCGCGUUAUUGAGCUUAUGCUUGUGAACUGCGGCCUGGCCAAUGCACACGCUCCUGCACCCGGCCUGCUGCCGCACCUGACCGCCCGCGUCGAUGCUGAAAACACAAAGAUUUUGACGCAGAGCGACGCCUGGGACCUUGUCAACAUUGCUCUGCGUCGCUGCCCCGAUCUGCCUGAGGGCCAGGUCAUUGGUGUGCUGCAGUUCCAGCUUGACCAUUACACACAGUAUCUGCCACAGCUGUUUGUCAGCUCCGAGGAUGCGCAGAUGGACGACGAUCUAAAGAGAAUCGAGAACGACAUCGCGCUGGUGGUGGCUGCGAUCGUGGAGAUCUUGGGAGACCACGACGCCUUGCGUACUGCGCUGGCGGAGCUGUCUAUGGACCACGUCGCCUGCAUUGUGCGACUGCUGGUGGUCUGGAUGGACUCGUGGACUAAGCUUGGUGCCAAUGUCGAACUGGCUGCCAGUUCCAAGUUUGUGUCGACCACCACUGUGGACCGCCUGCGUGGACUGAUCGAUGCUGCCGACGCCGACGAAGACAGCAAGCUGUCGCCAGUCGCUCAGACUCUUUCUCAGGCCAGCUCGCAAAAGCCUGCAUCAUUGGAUGGGGCCGGCAACGGCAGCAAGUCUUUGGCUCGCGAGCUGACACGCGACUGGGCACCGCAGCUGACCCUGCCUGAGUCCCUGGUAGGCGUGCCUGAGCUCAGCCGUGUCGUCGACUUUGUUUCGCUGUUCCUGGACGCCCAUGUGCGGCGCAUUCUGCUGACUAGCGACAUGCAUGUUUUGGUUGAGCAGCUGGCCGUCGCCACCAGCCAGGCCCUGGCUGUGUCUGAGCAGCUCCGGGUGCUGGCUGUGGGCUUGCUGCCGUUCAACAUUAUCUGGGAGGAUCAGCAGGCUGAGCGCGUCGCCAAGGAUCUGGAGCUGCAGCGGCGUGAGCUGGGCCUGGAGGAGAUUGGCGGCGUGUACUGGGAGCGCGUGCAGAAGCUGGAGCGGUACCGCGUCGAGGUCAUGCAUUGGUAAAGCGGGCCUCAGUUCUCUUAUGGAUUUCUUUCUUUCAUUUCAAAAAUAUAAGUGUCCAGUCU